UCCUCGUAGUUUAUAAAACUUUAUAAUUUUAUAUUUAUUUAAACUUUCAAAUCGUAUUCCCAUGCAUUAUUACAAAUCACAAAAUUUACAACAUCAUUUAUGGCUGCGUGAAUCGAAUUUGAAUCCGGGUCGUCGUCAUCCCAUACCGCAUCGUUUUCUGUUCCAUGAAAGAAAUUUCUACAAGAGUGUAACGCCACGUCUGACCGUACAAAAUGUUGAUAAACCUCAUGGUUUUUUGCGCAAAUUUACCCCGGACGGUCGACUUUUAUUGGCUUUUACCCUAGAUCAAAAAUCAGUGGAUGUUUAUCAAUACCAGGGCAUUGGCAGUGUAGCUGAUCUGUUGAGCCAUCAGCAGAAUGAAUGUAUCACUGCGGCAGAUCAUUCAUUGCAGUCGCUGCACAUACGACAGGAGCUAUUUAAUAGUAUAUUUAAGAAAAAGUUCAAUCUGCCCAUUAUAACGACUCCAGUAGCCACCUCCACACGACAUUAUUUAAAUCGAGAAUUUAGCAUAUUUUUGGAUGACGGAAACUACGUCCUGUUGGCAUCUAUGGCGGGCGGAUCUAUAUUUCCCAAUUAUUUAGCCUACCACCAAUACACUGAUCUGUUCGAUGAUACGGAAUUGUAUGAUUAUACAUUUUAUCUAGUUGAUUUAAGACGGGGCUGUAUUGCCGACUCUUUCAAAUUGGAACAUGAUUUUGUUGUACUCUCUCAUAAUCAUAGUGUUUCGGUGUAUGAUCGCACCUUGGCCAUAUUGUCCACCUAUCGUCAGUGUAUCGAUUUAAUUGAGCUGAACGUAACGCAGGGAAAAUUACAGCGUUUGUAUACCGUGGGUCCUUUUGGUAGUGACUUGGAUCGUGAUCGUAUUUUGGCUCAUGAAACAAAUGAGAAUUUCAAUCAUAAUCCAGCUCAUAGCUUGCCAUUUUCGCAUUUAAAACAAAAAAUAUUGGCAUUUAUGUAUCGUGAAAUAAUGGAACAGAAAUCGCCACACAUAAGACACCAACAAUUGAAGGAUUUUUAUAAAAAUUUUGCACUGGUUGAGCGUAUGAUCAUUUUGAAAAUGCAAUUAAUCGACAGUGACAAUUUACUAUUGCGCUAUGAGAAGCGUCACACCCAAAUGCCGCUAGAAAUGAUUGUUGGUAGUAAUGUUGAUACACUUAAUAAAAAUUUCAAAAUCUACGUAUUUUAUAAUAUACCACAGCAAGAAGUUUUGAAAAUUUACACUAAAAACUCAGUAGAACUAUUGAAAAUGUUGCGCAAUUUUUGUGAUGAUUUUAGAAAUGUACGUUCAUUACAAAUACCCUGGCAUGCAUCAUCGCCCAGUAACAAUGAUUUCUUUCGGGCUGCCUUUGAUCAAGCUCUCAGUUCUUUUAAUGGUGGCAUUGGAGAAGCGGCAGCUCGAUUCAAUCCUACUUUACCCAUCAGUUCGCAGAGUUUCUCUACAAGUCCUUAUUUGGAUUAUUCUCUAUUUAACUAUGACGAUCGUUUUAUAUCCACAUUGGAAAGGCCAAGACUUAAUAGCUUGGAACCCAUACGAUUUUCGGACCGUAAUACGGGCCUUCUAAAGUUUCGUGUAUUUUUGGAACAACCUGCGGAGUCGAGACAUGCCGAUUUUGAAUUAAUCAGAAACCCCAGAGACCUAGUCUCGUUUAUUUUCCAUCCAUAUGAGCCGUUCUUUAUUAGUAUUCAAAAGUUUUUAUCACGUUAUGUUAUUAAUUUUCACAUGUAUAAUUCGGGUACGAUAACUAAAACAUAGAUUGUGAUUUAGAUUGUGAUUUUGAAAAUAAAAUUUCAAUAAAUUGUUUAUUUGUGAAAAAACAAA